AUGUGCGAGGCUGCAUCUUUGGAGAAGAAUAAUAGUUUGCAUGCUUCUGAGGCAACCACCUCGCUGGUGCUGCAGGAGGUGCCUGAACAUUUGCCGGCACUGCGUUGUCGUGGCCUUGUUCGGGAACAGCUGGGCGAUUUGCACGGCUCGAGGCAAGACCUGUCCCGGGCUGCUGCACAGAACUUUAUGGAUUUGGAAGUUCAGGACACCGGCUGCAUAAGCAUUACCCGUGUAUCUAACUCGAAAGACCUAGACGAAGAAAGUAUACUACCAAGUGCUGCUGUGCCUGCUCCUUUGCCUGCCUCAAUACGGGUGUGUGGUUCUAUUUCCGUGUUCCAUUCAGACUUGCCAACAGUUUUAUACACUACCUCUCUCUCUCUCUCUUUCUUUACUGUGUCUCCCUAUAGCCUAUAUACAGUAGUUCAAUGUUCUUGCUCUUGA